GAUACCGGCACAUUCAGUCAUUCUCCUCAAAAGCGGUGCUGCGGUUGCUGCGUGAAAUUCAGCUCGGUUUGGCCAAUGGAAAGCCGGUAGAUGGAUCACAGAAAUGUUAUAAAGCGUUGGAAAAAACGACACCGUACUGCAAAGACAACUCUGGAGUAUGCACCAGGCACCGAAAAACCUUGCACUGGAGAAACCACACCCUCAAACUGUCAUCAAUGUAGCUUCUGCGAUGGAGAGAAGAACGCGCAAGUUUUACACUGUUCUUCCAAGUCGGUGUACAAUCACACUUCAAGAGAUAGCGUUCGGCCAAAGAGAGCUAGGAAGAAUGAAGCAUUCAAUGUAAAGGUUGAACGAUGUGAAUUCCUGUAUCCACGCGUAGGUCCGUUUAAAUAUACAGGAUUUUCUAACAAGGACUACCGCUGUGAAAAGAAUCAUAUAGAACUAACGGCUACUUGUAAGAAAUAUCUCGAAGGGUGUACAAACCUUAAAUAUGUGGGAACAUGUGCCACGCCUCUUCCGACUACAACCUCACCAACAGAAUCUUCUACGGAAAUUACUGUUGAAUCUGCAUCAGAAUCUAUAACGGAAUCAAUAACGGAAUCCACAACGGAGCCAUCAACGGCAUCCAGUAGCGUGUCAACUUAGGAAUCAGCAAUAUAAUCUUUGACCGAACCAACAACGAAACCAACAACGAAUUCAACGAAGAAGCCUACAACAAUACUACAACCGAACCAAAUAUGGAAUCGAUAAUUUAAACAACAAAUCCUACUUCAGAAUAAACAAUAGAAUCAACCAACCAGUCUUGAAAA